UGAAAAUAAUUUACCAAAUAACAACUUAAACCAGUCAAACCCUCCUAAGAUGAAGACAUUCAGUGUUGCAGUUGCAGCAGUUGCCAUGCUCACAUUUAUUUGUAUCCAAGAGAGUUCUGCUGUCCCAGUCACUGAAGUGCCAGAGCUGGAGGAGACAAUGAGCAAUGACAGUCUAGUUUCGUAUGAAGACGAAUCAGUGGAAACAUGGAUGAUGCCGUUUGACAUCAGAGAGAAGCGCCAGACUGGCCCGAUUAAAUGUCGUUUCUGCUGCGGCUGCUGUUUCGUUGGCGUCUGUGGAAUGUGCUGCAAAUGAGGAUUUUUGUACCAGCCUAUUUCUUAAUUAGAUGUCGGAUGUCACUGCAUUUGGUCAUGUUGAAGUGACUGUGUGCUCAGUGAUGUGACUGAGCAUUAUAUUGAAUACCGUACCUGCAGAUGCUUUUGUAUAUUAUCUUUAGGGAUGAGGAAAUACACCAUUAUGUGUAUCUGUAUCUGUAUCUGUAUACGUAUCUGUAUCUGUUCAACCAACUAAAUUAUCUGUAUUUUUAUCUGUUUAACCAACUAAAUGAUCUGUAUUUAUAUCUGUUCAACCAACUAAAUUAUCUGUAUUUUUAUCUGU